AUGGGGGUCCUGGAAAAUCAGGGGGGGUCAGAGGCUUUGACAAAGGAGCGGAGGGUUGUUCUGGAGGAUUUAUGGAGAGCUUAUCGUGAGGAAGAAAGAGUAUGGCGUCAGAAAUCCAGGGUGCGUUGGUUGAAGGAAGGAGAUAGGAACACUAAGCUUUUCCAUCGCGUUUGCAAGCUCCGAACUGUUAAGAAAAAUAUUACUCAGUUACAGUAUCGAGGUAGAUUGCUAACGUCUCCGGUGGAUAUUAAAGAAGCAAUGCAGGAUCAUUUUGAGAAUUUUUUUAGGGUGGCAGAUGUGUCUAGGCCGUGGUUUUAUAAUGAGAACUUGCAGAAGGUGUCAGAUGAUGAUUUGCUUAAUUUUUUCAAUGAUUUCUAUCACACAGGGCGUAUGUCGAAGGGCUUGAACUCUACUUUUAUUGCUCUCAUUCCCAAAGGCGGACAACAGGAAGAGAUUUCAGAUUACAGACCAAUUAGCUUGAUUGGCAGUGUGUAUAAGUUGCUGUCAAAGGUGUUAUCUGUUCGGUUGAGUUUGGUGCUUCCUCGCCUGCUGACUCGGAUUCACAGCGGGUCGCCAGAUUGCUGA